UUAUCACAACCCACUUAGCCACGCGCCCACGCCAUCUAAAGCCUGAUCUUCCAAGAAAAUUCAUCUCCUUUUAAGUCUUCAGACAAAGCAUUUUGGGAGUAAAGUUUCGGGCUUUGUGAUCUUCGAUACCGAGGGUGGUGCAUAGUAGCACUUCGCAGUGUGUGUAAGACAUAAUGAGUACCUUAGAUGUAGCCAGGACGGAACUUGCUCUUGCAGUUCUGUAUUUGAACAAAGCAGAGGCAAGGGACAAGAUAUGCAGGGCAAUUCAGUAUGGUUCCAAGUUCUUGAGUAAUGGGGAGCCUGGAACUGCCCAAAAUGUUGAUAAAUCAACUAGUUUAGCACGCAAAGUGUUCCGUCUUUUUAAGUUUGUCAAUGAUCUGCAUGGUCUUAUCAGUCCCAAUGCUCCAGGAACCCCGCUUCCACUCAUCUUGUUGGGAAAGUCGAAGAAUGCAUUGCUGUCAACUUUCCUGUUCCUGGAUCAAAUUGUAUGGCUUGGCAGGACAGGCAUAUAUAAGAAUAAAGAGCGUUCCGAGUUACUUGGUAGGAUCUCCCUCUUUUGCUGGAUGGGUUCGUCAAUCUGUACCACCUUGGUUGAGAUUGGGGAGCUUGGAAGGCUUUCAGCGUCGAUGAAGAAGUUGGAGAAGGAGCUUAAAAACACCGACAAAUACAAGAAUGAGCAAUACCGCAGUAAACUUCAGAAGUCAAAUGAUAGAUCCCUUGCCCUGAUUAAAGCGGCCUUGGAUAUUGUGGUUGCCGUUGGGUUGCUUCAAUUGGCACCUAAGAAAGUAACUCCACGUGUGACCGGAGCCAUUGGAUUUGUUACCUCUCUAAUCUCCUGUUAUCAGCUGCUCCCGCCACCACCAGCAAAGGCGAAGGCGACCUGAUUAGAGCCGAUGUUGCUGAAUGUUCAUCAGAACUGCUAGAAUAAUUCUUCGCGCUAAACUUCUUGCGAAGACUGUCAUCGUUGCAUAUGUGGUUCCCAGCCGUUUGUGCAAAACUCGCUACUCUUAGACAUUUUAUUACCAUGUGUUUUUUUCAUAUGUAUAAUUGGGGGGUAUAGGGUAUGUCUGAUCUAUGAUCUGUAACUUUGCUACAUUAGAAAAUAAUCAGUUAGAAGUUGAAAGUUCUAUGGAAGUUGUUUGCUCCUGUCAUUCAUGGUUUUUGCAUGUUGGAAAGUGAAGAUGAUAAUGAAAGUUGUAGAGAUUUUGGAGAAAUA